AUGCCAUCAUCCAAUACUACCGGUUUAGCCCGCGCUACGAUUAAAUACGAUAAUGGCAAGACACUCAUGGCUCAAGGACCACAGGCACUACAUGAUCAUGUUGCAUCACGUAUGGAAAAAGCACUGGGUCGAGCUUUACCACAAAUGGAAGUACGAUUCAAGAAUAUCUCCAUCUCGGCCGAUAUUAUCGUCAAAGACGAGACCAAUGUCAAGGUCGAGCUUCCUACACUCACGAAUGAACUCAUUAAAAGUGUUCGAGCUCUCGGUGCUAAGAAACACACAGUCAAGAAACAGAUCUUGAAAGAUAUUAGUGGCGUCUUCAAGCCUGGUACAAUCACGCUUGUGCUGGGUCAGCCUGGAUCUGGAAAGUCGUCACUCAUGAAAUUACUGAGUGGUCGCUUUCCCAUGGACAAGAACAUUACGGUGGAAGGUGAAGUGACGUACAAUGGCACAAAUGCCAAUGAGUUAGUCAAACACCUGCCUCAGUUUGUCUCCUAUGUCACACAGCGUGACAAGCAUUAUCCAUCACUUACGGUCAAGGAGACACUUGAGUUUGCACAUGUCUGCUGCGGUAAAGGCUCUUUGAAACGUGACGCCCAACACUACACUGGCGGUACACCCGAAGAGAACAAGGCUGCGCUCGACGCUGCCAGAGCCAUGUUCAAGCACUACCCGGACAUUGUCAUCCAGCAGCUUGGACUUGAAAACUGCCAGAAUACUAUCGUAGGGGACGCCAUGACCCGUGGUGUGUCUGGUGGAGAGCGCAAGCGCGUGACCACUGGUGAGAUGGAGUUUGGCAACAAGUACGUCAUGAUGAUGGACGAGAUUAGCACGGGUCUUGACAGUGCCGCCACUUUUGACAUCAUUACCACGCAGCGCAGCCUUGCCAAGAAGUUCCGCAAGACAAUCGUAAUUUCUCUGCUGCAGCCAUCGCCUGAGGUGUUUGAGCUGUUCGACGACGUGAUCAUCCUGAAUGAGGGUCACGUGAUGUACCACGGUCCGCAAGAUCUGGCGCUGAGCUACUUUGAGAGCUUAGGCUUCAAAUGUCCGCCUCAUCGAGAUGUGGCAGACUUCUUGUUGGAUUUGGGCACAGACAAGCAGUUUCAGUACGAAGUGGAAUCGAUUUCAUUCACCAACAUCCCACGUUCGACCAGCCAGUAUGCCGAUGCGUUCACCCGCUCGGCCAUAUAUGAUCGUAUGGUGCAAGAGCUGAAUGGCCCUGUCCAUCCAGGUUUGGUCAAAGACAAGGCGACGUACAUUGAUCCGAUCCCGGAAUUUCACCAGAACUUUUGGGACAGCACGAUUGCUGUGGUGCAGCGUCAGAUCAAGCUUACAAAACGCGAUACAGCGUUCCUUGUUGGUCGCUCCGUCAUGGUAAUUUUGAUGGGGCUGCUGUAUUCAAGUGUGUACUACCAGUUCGAUGAGACCAACUCACAGCUUGUCAUGGGCAUCAUUUUCAAUGCUGCGCUAUUUGUAUCAAUGGGACAGCAAGCGCAGAUUCCAGUGUUUAUUGCAGCUCGCGAAGUGUUUUACAAGCAACGCCGAUCUAACUUCUUUCGUACCUCAUCUUUCGUGCUUUCCAAUUCGGUAAGCCAAAUUCCACUGGGGGUGGCUGAAUGUUUGGUGUUCGGCUCAAUUUUAUACUGGAUGUGCGGAUAUGUGUCAACAAUUGAAGCCUUCUUGAUGUUUGAGCUUGUUCUCUUCAUGACGAACCUCGCCAUGGCAGCGUGGUUUUUCUUUCUGUCGUGUGUAUCGCCUGAUCUAAACGUGGCCAACCCAGUUUCUAUGGUCUCCAUCAUCUUCUUCGUUGUGUUUGCCGGCUUCGUUAUCACAAAAGGCCAGAUUCCUGACUAUCUCAUUUGGAUCUACUGGAUCAACCCCGUGGCAUGGAGUAUUCGUGCGCUUGCUGUGAACCAGUACACUGACUCCAGUUUCGAAACAUGCGUGUACAAUGAGGUUGACUACUGCGCCGACUACAACAUGACUAUGGGGGAAUAUUCGCUGACAGCGUUUGAAGUACCAACCGAGAAGUUCUGGCUGUGGUAUGGUGUAGUGUACAUGGCGGCUGCAUACCUUUUCUUCAUGUUUAUGUCAUACGUUGUACUGGAAUACUACCGGUUCGAAACUCCUGAGAACGUGACCUUGAACGCAAACGAGACCUCUGAUGACUACGGCCUCAUUCAGACACCACGAAGUUCUGCCGCCGAAGCGUCGACCUCUCUGUCCGUAGCACCAGACAGUAGUAAGCACGUCAUUCCAAUCACGGUUGCGUUCAAGGACCUAUGGUACAGCGUGCCAGACCCAGCCAAUCCCAAGGAAACCAUCGACUUGCUCAAGGGCAUCAGCGGAUACGCACUACCAGGUACCAUCACAGCACUGAUGGGAUCAUCUGGUGCCGGCAAGACCACGCUCAUGGAUGUCAUCGCCGGACGCAAGACAGGAGGCAAGAUCGCCGGGCAAAUCUUGCUCAACGGCUACCCAGCCACUGACCUUGCCAUCCGACGAUCUACUGGAUACUGCGAGCAGACAGAUGUCCACUCUGAGUCAGCAACAAUUCGUGAGGCACUCACAUUCAGCGCGUUUCUUCGUCAGGGUGCCGAAGUUCCUGACAGCUACAAGUAUGACUCAGUGAACGAAUGUCUUGAACUGCUAGAUCUACACCCAAUCGCCGACCAAAUCAUCCGCGGCAGCUCCGUGGAGCAGAUGAAGCGGUUAACUAUCGGUGUGGAGCUGGCAGCGCAGCCGAGCGUGCUGUUUCUUGAUGAACCCACGAGCGGACUGGACGCGCGUUCUGCCAAGCUUAUCAUGGACGGCGUCCGCAAGGUGGCGAAUACGGGCCGCACCGUUGUAUGCACGAUUCACCAACCUUCGACUAAAGUCUUUGGCGUGUUCGACAGCCUGCUGCUGCUAAAGCGUGGUGGUGAAACAGUGUUUGCGGGUGAGCUGGGGAAAAAUGCAAGUCAGAUGAUCGCGUACUUUGAGUCCAUCGAAGGUGUGACGCCGCUGAAGGACAACUACAAUCCGGCGACGUGGAUGUUGGAAGUGAUUGGUGCGGGCGUGGGUAACAGCAACGGUGGCGAGACGGAUUUUGUAGAGGUUUUUAAGAACAGCAAGCAGUUCCAGUUCUUGCAGUCAAACUUGGACCGCGACGGUGUGUCCCGACCGUCGACCACCUUGCCUGAAUUGGCAUACACCGACAAGCGUGCUGCAAGUGAGCUCACCCAGAUGACGCUCCUGAUGCAACGCUUCUUUCGGAUGUACUGGCGUACAGCUUCGUACAACCUGACUCGGUUCAGCCUUUUUCUAGUUCUUGGUCUUCUUUUCGGCAUCACGUACAUCAGUGCCGAAUACAGCUCGUACGCCGGUAUCAACUCGGGUAUGGGCAUGCUGUUUUGCACGACAGGCUUUAUUGGCUUCGUCGCGUUCAGCAGUAUCGUGCCCAUUGCAUCGGAAGACCGCUUGGCAUUUUACCGCGAGCGUGCGUCUCAGACGUACAACGCGCUGUGGUAUUUUGUGGCAUCAACAGUGGUAGAGAUACCAUACGUGUUUUUUGGCACGAUGCUCUUCAUGGCGCUGUACUAUCCGAUGGUUGGGUUUACCGGCGUGACGACGUUCUUUGCUUACUGGGUUCAUCUAUCGAUGCACGUGCUGUGGCAGGCAUACUUCGGUCAGCUGAUGUCGUACUUGCUGCCGACGGUUGAAGUCGCAACUGUUUUUGGGAUGCUUUUGCAGAUGAUCUUCUUCCUAUUCAACGGCUUCAAUCCUCCUGCAGGUUCCAUCCCGAGCGGCUACAAGUGGCUGUACCACAUCACGCCACACAAGUACUCAUUGGCGCUAGUUGCAUCCCUCGUAUUUGGUGACUGCCCGAGCGACGGAGAUGGUUCGGAGGUUGGUUGUCAGGUUAUGGCGGAUCUGCCUCCAUCUCUUGCCGAGAACAUGACAGUGAAGGAGUAUCUGGAGGAUGUUUUCAUGAUGAAACACAGUGAGAUCUGGAAGAAUUUUGCUUUUGUCUUGGGCUUCAUCGUGGUCACACGCUUGCUAGGUUUGCUGGCUCUGCGCUUUGUCAACCAUCAGAAGAAGUAG